AUGAAGAAUGAUGUGAACGAAAGUAUUCUUUGCGGAGGUGAAGAUAUAUCUGCUCUUGUUGUUGAUUUAGGAUUCAGUACAGCUAAAAUUGGGCACAACCAAGAAGACACACCAAGAGUUUUUUUAAAAAGUAUAUGUGGGGAAGAUGUAUCAGCAGAGGAAUGGAAUUCAACAAGUGAGAUGAACGAAAUUGAAAAUGGUAGGAAUGGUAAUAUGAUGAUGAAAAGACGUUCUCCAAAAGAAAAACUGAGAUUUCCCCUGAAUCUGUACAACCCUAGUGAACAUGUGAGAAUAAAACCUUUGUUUCAAAAAGACGAGGUAACUAUGAGAAGUCAUUUGAAUAGUGAUGUAUUUGAAAAGUUAUUAGAAUACGCAAUUGAAGGAAUAGAUGCAAAAAGAGUAUUUGAAUGUACAGAUGAAAUUACGAAUCCAAUGAAAUUAGGUGGCUUAAAUUUAAAAAUGAAUGAACAUCCAAUUUUGUUGUCCGAAUCUAAUAUACAUAAUGAUAAGAUAAGAAAAGAAAUGACUGAAAUAUUAUUUGAAAAAUAUAACAUUCCUGCAUUAUAUUUUGCAAAAAAAGCAAAAUUAACUUCCUUUAGUUUAGGUAGAUGCAAUGCACUGGUUGUAGAUAUUGGUUACAGUGCAUUGGAUAUAAACCCAGUGUAUGAAGGAUAUGUACUUCAGAAAAAUUCUUUCCAAUUCAAUAUCGGUGGAAAUUAUUUCGAUCACCUGAUUUACAAUUUGUUGAAAAAAGAUAAUGUAAAGGUUGUCCCUUAUUUUAUGAAUCAUCAGAGAUAUACAAAUAUUACUACAACCCCAGACAUAUGUAACAAUAAUAUUCAUUUAGGUACAUUCUCACAACAAAAUAAAUGUGCGUAUAGUAAAAUUCAUCCAUCCUAUGCUGAAGAAGCCAUUUUAGAUGUCAUAAGUUAUAUGAAAGAAACUGUAUGUAAAGUACGUGUUGGUCAAGAUGAACAUGUUAAUAAAAAAAGCGAAAACGGGUUAGAGAGUGUAACAGGAUCUCAUAAAAAUUGUAAAGACAUUCAAUAUAAUACCAAUCAAUUAAAUAACUCCACAAGGAAUACUAAUCCAUCUAAAUGGCAAAUAGGAUUGGAGAAAGAUGAGGAAGAACAUUUUGAAUUACCAGAUGGAAUUAAACUUAAGGUAGAUUCAAAAUAUAAAUACGACAUUGCUGAACACUUAUUUCAACCACUCUCAUCGGAUAAUAAUUUUAAAGGACUUCCAGAUGCCAUAGUUAAUUGUAUAAUUUCAUCCGAUGUAGACAUAAGGAAAGAUUUGCUACAAGCAAUAAUUAUAACUGGUGGAUCUUCCCUUUUCCCAGGACUCAUUGAGCGUUUAUUUAAUUCUCUCAAAGAAAAGGAAUGUUUUUCUCAAUCCAUUAAAAUGAAGAUAUUAAAUAUGACAUCAUCUGUGGAAUCUUUGUCUUCAUCUUGGUUAGGUGGAUCAAUUCUCGCAAGUCUCGGCACAUUUCAGCAGCUCUGGGUUUCGCGUUCAGAGUAUGACGAUGGGGGACAUGGCCUCGUCUUCGACCGCUGCUUUUGA